ACUUACUCCCCAUCUAAUUUCCAGUAUCCAACAUGCCCCAGCAGAGGUCAGACCAGCAUCACCCGCAGGGCACGCCCACCAUGAUGCACCCAGCGACGGCAGCAGGACCGCCUAUUGUAGCACAGAGCCCUGCCUACUCUGCCCAGUACUUCACCUGCAGCCCGCAGCAGUUCACCAGUCAGCCGCUGGUCCAGCAGAUGACACAUUAUCAAUCACAGGCACAGCAUGUGUUCAGUCCGGUAAUGCAGGGCAGCGCCAGGAUGAUGGCGCCUCCCACACACGGCCAACCCAGCCUCGUCUCUUCCUCAACUACACAGUACCCAGAGCAGACACACACCAUGUAUGGUACGACAGCCUACCACAUGUUGUCUCCAGGGCCAAUGCCUCAGCAGUACCCCCAUCCAAAUGCCACCUUGCACCCUCACCCACAGCACCCCCAGCCCUCUGCCACGCCUACAGGCCAAGCCCAGCAGGGUGGUCCCCCACAACAUGGAGGUCCUCCUAGCCACCCAGCUGCCAGCCCGGUCCAGCACCCACAGCACCAGCAGGCAGCAGCAGCAGCAGCAGCAGCCCAGGCCCUCCACAUGGCCAACCAGGCACCGCAGCAGCAGAUGUUCUCAGCCUUGGCCCCCACGCCCCCCUCCAUGACCCCGGGGCCCAACCCUCAGUCUCCCCAGGCAUCGUUCCCCUCUGCCCAGCAGACUGUCUAUAUCCACCCGCAGCAGGUGCAGCACGGCUACAACCACAACCACAUGGCACACGUGCAGCAGGCCCAUAUGCAGUCCAGUAUGGUGCCGUCUCACCACCCGGCACCCACCCACCCCACGAUGAUGCUAAUGGCUACCCAAGGUCCAGGUGGUCCGCAGCCACAAAUGCCCCAGACUGCCCUCAACCCCAUACCCGUUUCCUCCACCACACAUUUCUCCUACCUAGCACAUCCACAAGUGCAAACUCAUCAUCAGCAGCAGCUGUAGAUAGAGGGCGCCAGCGAGCUGAAGGACCCACUCUGCGUCAUGCUUCUCAACCAGAGCCUUCAUAACCAGGCGAUGAAGAGAAUGAGAGCCCUCCCUCUCCACUCUUUCCUCAUCCUCACCAGACAUGCUUCACAUCAGCUUUUCUCUUCCUUCCCUCCCUCCCUCCCUCCCUCCCUCCCAGACUAGGCAAUAAGAGAAUGUUAACAGGUUGAUGCAGUGACAUGUUUUAACGAGCUAGAGAGUUUUUAACAGACAAGACUGCUCCUAUUCAGCCCCUGUUCACAUGCAAACACACACACACACACACACUUUUUCAGGGGUCCCAAAUUGCAAUUUGAGUCAGCUUGCCAAGUAAAGACGUGACAGAGAGAAUGAGAGUAACUAAUCAGUGAGAGUGAAGAAGAAAAUUAAACUGGAACUUGCAUUUUGUCUGCACCUUGUUCUGAGGAAAAGAAAAAUCUUCCAACCUUUAGACAGUAUUAAUCUUACUGUUUAUUGCUGCUGCUAUGUGCUGCGUUUGUUUCCAAACUACAUGAAAGGUUUCUAACCAAACUAAAAACGAAACAUGACAAGAAGCUUCCUGUGAAAUAAACACAUUUUGGCAGCCAA